AUGCGCAUCGUGACCUUCAACAAGGUCUCUGUCUUCUUCUCCAGCGUCUUUCUACUCAACCUCGCCUCCAUGUACUGCGCAGCCGUCGAUGUUCUCUCUGGUCCACUCCAGCACUUGACCGAGGCGUCGUUUACCUACGCGACCCUUCCUGGCGCCUUUUUCUACUCGAAACGAUCGCGUCUCUGGGUCCAUGACGCCAGCCUCGGCACCCGAAAUGCCUCGAGCACUGCGCUCGUCCAGCCAGGUACGCUUUUCGGGUUCCCGUCCUCGAUCGGUGUCCUCUGGAUCGACACACAUGACAAUGUUUUCUUUGCGGUCCAGCUCGACCAUGGCUCAUCCGUGUGGCGCUACUGUAAGUUUGGCUUUCGAUUUGGUAUGACGCUUCGUAUACUGUACCUUCUCUGGACGACGUACUAUGUCCAUUACCGAUCCCUCGCAAGGGGGCUGCGGCAAUACGGCGCAUGUGGCGAGCACGAACGUUUGGAGAUUAUUGUCGGAGAUCCGACGAGCUUCAUUCUCCAAAACACGUGGAUUUGCGCUCUUUUUGUCGUGGAUUUUUGGUGCAGUCUGGAGACGGUCGGCCAGUGCAUUUUCCGAAUCGACCAGACCACCGACAUGUGGGUAUUCGCGAUCUCAACCUUGUAUCUCUCGCGGACUGUUUGGUUUGGGUACCUCGUGCUCAAUCUCAGUGGGUUUGUCCUAAGACGGUGUGCGCUCGAGUCCUAUUGCGCCCAAGCCGACCCGACCGGCGUCGCGAUCGGCGUCGCGCUCGUUGUGGGACCGCUGACGUACUAUCAGCUUCGGCUCUCAUUUUUUAUCGACCUCUACCACGUGCUAUACACGUGCUUUUUACCCCAAUCCAAGGAGAUGGACUAUGUCGAACACAUCCCGCCGGCUAUUGUGUACACUAUUGUCCUCGGCGCGUUUCCAUUGGUCUAUAGCUUUGCAUUGCCCGCGCUCACACGCCUCGUACGUCAGGUGCUUUGUCGCUUGUGGAUCCGUCGCAUCAGCUCCAUGGCCCACACAUCCGGCCGGCGGCUCUCGCGCGUCAUCUCCCGCUCCUCGCUGAUCGUCCGUGCGAUUGAUGGCGGUGCGUUUGCCCGUUUGAGCUACAACGACUGGAAGCACCGACUCUUGCUCGGUCUUGUGUUUGGCUGCGGCUGCUGUUGA